UUGUUUUGUCUGAAAAAAACAAAAAAGAAAAAAAAACGCAGCGAAACUAUAAACAGUAGUCAAUUACGUUUCAAUCAAAUUUCCGAGUCGAACCCGAUUCUGACUCCCGCAGAUCUGUUUGUUGUACUAAUCAAAGCCGUCUCAAAGUCCCUCAGCUCGGAAGAGAGAUACAAUGGAUGAUAGCUGUGCUGUCUGUGCUGAGACACUUCUGUGGGUGGCAUAUGGAUCAUGUGGCCAUCGGGAGGUCUGCUCCACUUGCAUCAUUCGUCUCCGUGUCAUCUGUGAUGAUCGUCGUUGCUGUCUCUGCCAGUCUGAAUCCAAUAUCAUCUUUGUCACCAAGGCUUUAGGAGAUUAUACAAGGAUGAUUAAUGACUUUUCAGUUUUUCCAGCUGAUCCAACAGAGGGUCAAGUUGGGCCAUAUCGGUAUCAUGAAGGGGCACAAGCGUAUUUUGAUGAUGUGGAUCACUACAAGAUGAUAAAGGCCAUGUGCAGGCUAUCAUGCAUUGUUUGUGAUAAGAUAAAUGAACAAAGGAAUGAAGGGUCAGAGAGCAGAGCAGAGUUCAAGAACAUUGAGCAGCUGAGAGGCCAUUUGUUCCACCGGCAUAGACUGUUCAUGUGCAGCCUUUGUUUGGAAGGUAGGAAGAUAUUUAUCUGUGAGCAAAAGCUAUAUAACAAAUCUCAGUUGAAUCGGCAUAUAAAGACGGGUGACUCAGAGGUUGAUGGCAAUGAAAGUGAAAGAGGUGGAUUUAUGGGACAUCCUAUUUGUGAAUUUUGCCAAAAUCCUUUUUAUGGGGACAAUGAGCUGUACUUGCAUAUGUCUACUGAACAUUUUACUUGCCAUAUAUGUCAAAGGCGGCAUCCAGGACAAUAUGAGUACUAUGAGGAUUACGGUGACUUGGAGAUCCAUUUUCGUCAAGAGCAUUAUUUUUGUGAGGAUGAGACUUGCCUUGCCAAAAAAUUUGUUGUUUUUUCAACUGAAUCUGAACUUAAGAGGCAUAAUGCCAUGGAACACGGAGGGAACAUGUCUCGAUUUAAGCGUAAUGCCACUCUUCAGAUACCAACAAGAUUCCAGUAUUGGCGGAGUAAUGAGCAAGAUCGUCAAGGUAGAAGACGCGGUUCUCGUCUUCAUUCAUCAGACAAUCAACUUUCUUUGGCCAUUCAAACUACUUUUGAGACAGCCAACGUUGAACAGUAUCGUCAUGCUAUAUUAAGUGCCCAAGCAGUUUCCAAUGACCGUGAAGCACAUGAUUCUGAAUCAAUCAUUAACUCUUUUGAACCAUUAGCUAUCAGAGAAUCUGAGACACCUUCAAGAGAUAGUCAUGCUUCAGCACGAAACACGACUGCACGGUUGGAAGAAUCAUACUUUCCUCCACUUCCAGUGGCUUCUAGCAGCAGUAGACAGAAAUACAGAAAUGAUUCAGAAGAAUUGAGUGGGAACACAAUGGCUGCUCGUCUUCGUCACCAAAACAAUGGAACUGUAGCUGUUCUUAAUUCUUCUCUGGCAUGGCCAGCAGGAAGUCAUCAACCUAGCUCAUUAUCAAAUUUUCCCAAUUCUUCCAAGAGGAAGCCCGCAAAAGUUAAUGAAUAUUUACCUUCUACUCGUGUAAGCCCUGCUCAGUCUAGAUUAGCCACAGCUGAUGUAGUUAUAUCAUCUAAUUAUCGUAGUUCGUCAAGGAAUUCAGGUAGCACCAGUCAGGUUGGCCACUCUGCUUUGAUUCCCAACCUUGUAGACACAGGUUCUUUUGAGACUUCUGUUUCUAGUUUUCCUCCUCUCUCUGCUUCUCAAACUAAUAAGACGCCCUCAACUAGCCAGCCUAAGCCAAAGUUGGAACAUGUUCACCCUGCUAACAAGUCUCUGGUGGAAAAAAUCCGUGCUGCUUUAGAAUUUGAUGAAAACAAAUAUGCUGCAUUUAAAAAAAUGUCUGCAGAGUAUCGCCAGGGCUUAGUUGAUACAGGGGAAUAUCUUGCCUCUAUUUAUCAGUUUGGUCUGUCACCUCAUGUUCUUGAGCUAGCUAGACUCUGUCCUGAUCCUCAGAAGCAAAAAGAGCUUGUGGAGACUUACAAUUUUAACAUGAGGACCUGUGGUUCUCAUGACAACAGUUUGAGUAGUGAUGAUGGUUGGUGCAAAAACAAAAGAAGUUCCAAGAAAGGUAAGAAGAAGUGUGGAGAGAAUGGGUUAAGUGGUUCAGAGGAUGCUUUGGCUUAUAGAAUUAUCAGCAGUGCAAGGAAUUUGCAAUCAAAUUAUGGGCCUUCUGAUGGAGAGGUGGAGGUCUUAUCAACGGAUGGGAAUCGUAUUGGGAAAGGCAAAUCGAAGAUUGAUGUGGAUGAUGAACAGACCAACUCAACUCCUAUCAAUCAGUUAAUAACAGAGCCAAAAAUCCAAGAUAGUUCUCAUUUUGCUGGUGGUGGCUCAAAGAAAAACUUCAGGACCGGGGGAGGAGGAAAUAAGCAAGGGAAAAAAAUUUCGAAGUUCCUUAGAAACCGCCUUGGUAACAAUGCAACAUCACUUUUAGAUUAUUCUGAUCCAGGUCCUAAUCAAACUGAAGAAAAAGCAGAUGAAGAUAAGGACCCGCCCCAGGGAUUGCAAGUUUGCGGAGCUUGGCGUAAUGGGGGAGGGCGGAGAAUUGUGGCGAUUACCCAGAGAGAACACAAAAAGUGAUGUAUUUGUUGUUUAAUCUGAAUUAAGAGUUGCCAGUUUGUUAGUAUAGGAUAGUUGGCACCUCUAGCACUGGAAUGCUAUCCCUUUUUGUAUCAUUGUGUCCCUUCUGUUUCCUUCUUGGCCUGUAUGUUUCCUAAAUGUUAAUGGACUUUGCGACACCGGAUUAUUAGAA